CUCAUUCAAUCAGUUAGUAUCAUGUCAAUGGCAAUGCCUCUCGUCUUUACUAUCUUCACUAUGAUAAUGUUUAUAGCAUCUGCUCGUCCUGUUAAUAUCGGAGAAAGUCCUGAGGUUUACGACAUCACCCUGGAAAACAAAGAGGUAGUUGAUCUUGCUAAAGACAGUAACAUUGAUGAAGAUCAUGAGCUUUACCAAGACGUGGUUCGCAUCUUUAAUGAUCUAGCUCUCCUCUCGAAUGCCAAUGGGAACUCAUGUGCCGGCAAAGGCAAGAGUUGUGCACCGGACUAUCUUCCAAAGGGAACACAGUGCUGUGAGGGGCUAACGUGCGUGGCAGUCAUCUUCGGAGUUGGUGGAUGGUGUGCGUGACUGAGUCUGUGUAUCUCGGUGUGUGACUUCCAAACAACAUAUAGGUUGUUUGAUGAUGGUGUAUCCCAUAUGAACUUAUAAUAGUUUCUAUUUCCUCC